UUAAUUAUAUACAUUUUAUAUUAGAAAAAUAAAUCAAAAACCAAUUCCAUAUAUUUAUUAUAGGAUGCAAAUCUAUGUAGUUGCAAUUUUGUUUUCAUUUCUGAAAUGCUGGAGUUAUAUUACGUAGAAUUUUCCGAUUAGUGAUCUCACUGAUUGUUGUCUUAGAAGUUAUUUCCUGAUGAUCUUCCAAAAUGCGAACGAAGAAUGUACUCUACAUCAAAUAUUCCAAAUGUAAUGGUAACAUAUUACAUGUUGUAAUAUAUAAAGAACAGUGUUGUUAUGGAAACAACAAUACAUAAUAGGUUAUUUGCUAAGAAAAAAACACUCAUUCAUAACCGCUAUUCAUUAUAAGUUGAAUUCUGCAAUUUCAAGCAAUCAUAGAUCCCAUAUCUUAAAUUCAAAUAACAUGAUUGUCGUUACAAGCCAAAGCAAUGCUUGACAUUAUGUGGCUUGUGUUGAAAACAAUCAACCUACCUUUAAUGCAAAUAAGCCAUCACUGGCUUCCGGUACCUCAGAUCUGAGAAACAAGUCCACAAUGCUUUCCAAUUUCUAUUUCAUACAUAUUCUUUCAUUAUUCAAAUUAACAAUUCCAAAGGGGUUAUUAAUUGACCCCAAGUCCUUAAGCUCUUAUUUGCACCUGAUAUUUUCUAUAACAUACACAAAACAUUUUUUCAAUGUUAUACCUUUGCGUGGGAACAAUUUAUUGUUAUUGUUAUUUCUUUUAAAUGUUUAUAAAUGUGUUUAUUCUUUCUGUCCCGAAUUAGUGAGUUUAAUUUUUUUUUAUCCAAAGCCUUAAUGUAGAAAGAAUAUGUCAGUCAACUAGUUUAGGAGGAUUCGCUGAAACAUAAAAGAACAAUUUUUACAAAAAAUAGAUGAUUAUUUCUCACUACGAUUUAUUGAUCAUGAUCCAAGAUAAAAUAUAAAAAGAAUAUAUUAUUUUUAUUUCAGAAUAUCUGAUUGUUAUAUCCACCCAAAUACUAGUCAGAAAGGUUUUGUCUCGAGAUUUGAACAUAAAAACAAAAACUUUUCAGACUAGAUAUUAAUUAGAUAGGACUACCAACUAAAAAAGUCAAUAUGAAUAUCCAACUAAACAAAACCAAAACAGCAAAAUCGUCAGAAUGUUGAUGUAUAGAUAUCACUGUCUCUUUUUGGGAACGAUAUUUAAUUAUCGUUUAAUAUUUUAAAUCCAAAGAAAAUACCAUGGAAGGACACCCGACUUAGUUUAAUGCUCAUAUUUAUUUGUUUUAUUUUUUGACAAGCUGCUUAUACUAAAUGUACUGGAUAUACAGAUUUGAAUAGAUCACCAUGGACACGAAAGUUGUUCCUGUUGGUCCUCUCAUCGAACUUCAAGGCUUAAGUCUACAAGGACCACCAGCAGACCAAGAUACAUUCAGACGUUACAAUAGUGAGUACGUGAUCCGUGACGAUAAACAUUCGGAACAUUUAAUUCAUUCGACAAGGAAAUUACGAAGUAGUUGGUCAAAUAUUACUUCCGGUUCAAUAAUAUCUCGUAAAAAUAAAAAUCAUGUCAUUAAUGGCGAUACAACAGACAAUUUGCAAGACGUUAGGUUUUUUGCAGAACUGGUAAAACCACUUCAAUACCGUUUACGCACACAUGAAAAGGAAGAAAAGGAAAAAAUACUUUUUCCAUCCAAAUAUGGAUUUCAUCAACGAAGUCAUUCGCCAACGUUUCGGCGACUUCUUGAAGCUACAGAAAAACUUAAAAUAAUUUCUCAGCACGAAACAGUGAAAACUUUGUUAAAACAAAAUGCCAAUAUCAACGAAAAGAAAGUGGUCUCGCUUAUAAAACCGGAUCCGGAAAUAGUUAAAGAGAAGACAGAAUUGUUUGAUUCUGUUACACCAGAAACACCAGAUGUCACUGCUAGAACUGAAAAGAAGAAGCACACAACAUUUAUUACGGACGAAGUGGUAGAUUAUAAAGAUAAUACUACAAUUUCUGACAUUCCGGAUAAUAUUACUACAAUAAGUGAAGAACCAGAAGAGGAAGAUGUAGACGAUAUAGAUAGUGAAAACGAUGAUGACGAAAAAGAAGAUCAGGAUAACUCAUUUAAAGUAGACUUUAAGGUAGAUGAAUCGCAUGCAGAACUACAUUUAUUUCUUCCAAAAAUUAGCAGUGGUAAUAAAAGUGCUAAAACAAAUAGGACAGAUGAGUUCGAUGAAAGUUCGAGUAAAACUGACAGAUCUGGUCCGAUUGUAUUACCCUCGAUCAAAGUUGACUCUAUUCAUCAGAUAAAAUCAUAUCAAAAUCCGCCGGGUAGAAAACUUAAGCGACAGGAUACAUUCCGCAAAAAGAAGAAAAAAACAGUUGAAAGGAUAAAAUCAGCUGCGGAUCCCGAUAAAAAGGUCAGAGACCAUUUGAAUGACGUUCAUACCUUGAUAUCUAUAGAAGACCAUCAUUCUUCUCACACUACUGACACUGUGUGUCACUUCGAAAAUUGUCCGUACCAUAGCUUAUUACCUCUGACACAAGAAUCAACUUCAUAGCAUCAUAUAUUAUUUGGUUGUGAUUAUAUGUCACUCUGAUAGUUUGAUUGCACUAUAAUUUAAGCCAUCUAUAUUACAUGUAAUUCUCAUUGCCUCUUAAAUCUGUUCUAAGAUAAAUUAAAGGUCACAAUGUUUUAAACCUGUCACAAAUUCCGAAAUUGAUGUAAACAUAAGUACUGCAACA